CCCGCCUGGCAGCUCCUGCAGAUCUUCACCAUGACCACCAAGACCUCGGCACCUUACCGCGCAGAGAUCAUCGGCUCGCAGAAGCGUCCCGCCCUUCUUCUCGCCAAGCGCGCCGACUAUGACGCCGGCAAGUGCACCCGCGACGAGCUCAAGACGGUCGAGGACCAGGCCAUCAAGGACGAGGUCGACAAGCUGCUCGACGUCGGCAUCAAGGCCGUCACUGACGGCGAGUUCCGCCGCCACAUGUUCUUUGAUGGCUUCUUCGACAACCUGGACGGCAUGGUCGAGAUCAAGAACCCUGGGCGCGAGCUGUUCAAGAUGUACGUCCCGGACAUCAAGGGCUUCUUCGAGUCGCACGCCUCGAAGCCGGCCUCGACCAUGGUCUGCCGCAGCAAGCUCCGUCGCACCAAGCCCAUGUACCGGCCCGAGUUCGAGUACACGGCGUCGCUCGUCAAGCCCGACGAGGUCAAGAACGUCAAGAUCACGCUCGCCGCACCCGAGUGGUACCACCUCCGGCACGGCGAGCACGCCUUCUCCAAGGACGUGUACCCGACCGAGGUCGAGUACUUUGCCGACCUCGCCAAGGCGUACCGCGAGGAGCUCGCCGACCUGUACGACGCUGGGUGCCGUAACGUCCAGUUUGACGACCCGCUCCUCGCCUACUUUUGCUCGACGGCGAUGCUCGACGGCAUGAAGGAGGACGGCGUCGAUGCGCCAAAGGUCCUCGACCAGUACAUCCAGCUCUACAACGACUGCGUGCGCGACGUCCCGUCCGACAUGGUCAUCGGCCUGCACCUGUGCCGCGGCAACUUUAAGGACGGCAUGCACUUUUCCGAGGGCGGCUACGAGCACAUCUCGAAGAAGCUCUUCAACGAGCUCAACGCCAACGUCUACUACCUCGAGUACGACACGGACCGCGCCGGCGGGUUCGAGCCUCUCGCCGACCUGCCCGCCACCAAGACCGUCGUCCUCGGCCUCAUCUCGAGCAAGUUCCCGCAACUCGAGAACAAGGAGGACCUCGUCGAGCGCAUCCACCGGGCGGCCGAUUUUGUCGCCCAGGGAGCGGGGCAGACUCGUGAGGAGGCCCUCGAGCGCCUGUGCCUCUCGCCGCAGUGUGGAAUAGCGUCUCACGCAGAGGGCAACCCAGUCUCGCACGACGAUGUCUGGAAAAAGCUCGGGCUCGUCGUCGAGACGGCAAAGGCUGUGUGGAGCGACGCGUGAGCCGGCGGGCUGCAACGCGGGUCGGUCGAAUCGCCU